AUGUCGACCAAGACCGUAUCAAAAGAUGACUCGGGCAGCUCGUCUCUCACGAAGGUCUUCAAGCGGCUAACGUUCCGCUCACCGGCCCCACCCACGUCGUCAUCGUCCUCGUCCCCUUCGCCGAGCCGUCCACCCAAACCUUUACCCGUAUCUCCCUCCUAUCCUUCGCAGCAACGUGGAGCAGGCCCAUCGGAACAGGAGACGUCCUUGCCGCCGUACUUGGCGCACUUGGCGGAGCCCUCCUCAUCAUACAGCCAGACCUCCCCAGUGCGCUUCCCGCAGCCCAGCGUCCCGAAGCAUCCAACACCACGACCGCUGCAUUCGGCAAACCAAUCCUCGCGUGAGGACUAUGCCGACCCCAGCAGGCUUCCGCCUCGACCUCCUGCCUUUGUACCCGCAAGAGGGUCGCAGUCAACCUUCCACCCCAUUCAUGACUUUCCGGAUAGUCUCAAAGCUGGGUCCAUCAGUGUCGCUGCAUCUUCAACGCAAAAACAGACUUAUCCUUGGGAACUGGUUCCACAGCGGAAGCCAGUCGCUUCUAGCCCUGUUCAGACAGCGCCACGGCCGGACAAAGGAUGCCGCAUCCUCACUCCCAAAGACCCGAGCCCGCCAACGGAAGUCAAGACUCCUUCACGACAAGCUCUUAUGCCGACGGAAGACCCACCCAUGGACGUCAAGACCCCUCCGCGACGGCCAGGCCUGCAGGCCAGUGUGGCAAACACUUGGCUCACUCCAAACGGCUCCCAGCCGGUCAAGGGACAGUGCUGGGGCAUUAAAAAGGAUGGGACCCGCUGUACUCGGAAGGACGGAUCGAUAUCAUCGCCAGCUCAGUCCCCGUCCCCAUCUCGGUCGUACCGCGGCACGUCUGCUCCCCCGCGGCUUUUGAAGGGUACAAGCGCCACAAGCGCCCAGGAUGGUCUGGUGAUCAGCAGCUCGGACGAGGACAUUUCAGGUUCGCACACGGCUACCACGGCCAGCCUGCGUUCCGCAACACCGUCUGGGCCCUCCGCCAGCGAUAGUGCAAGUCUUAGUGACGGCGAUGACGCGGACGAAUGGUACUGUUUCCAGCACGUCGCCGAGGCCAAGAAGUGGCCCGGUUUUUACCAUUCGUACACUCGCUACGGUAGUUCUAGCGCAACGUCCGAAGUGUUCAUUAAGUACGAUGACUGGCUCGGCACGACGAGUCUCACGGAUCGCACGCAGGCCUUGAUGCGCCACCGCAUGUCGCGCAAUCUGACAGAGACGGAUCGGACGGAGAAGGGACACCUUUACAUCCACGAGCUCAUGGCGUGCUCGACGCCGACGCAUAUCUGUCUGAAGGUCGGACGCUCGAUCAAGGUCUUCCGCCGGAUCGGCGAGUGGAACUCGCAAUGCAGAUCGAAGCAGCCGCUCCUGCGCGCCAUCUAUCCGUCCGACGCCACACAGGAGCUGAUGCCAGGCAUGGACACGCCGACUAUGGAGGGCAUGCAAUUCAGCCGACGGUGGGAGGCGCUCGUACACCUUGAGCUGGCCGGGAUUGGCAGGCGAGUCGACGAGGAGUGCCACGACUGCCGUAGGCGCCACCGCGAGAUCUUCAUGAUUCCAAGAAGGCUGGGACCGAACGACGGCUACGAUACCGCCAAGCAAGUCAUUCUCAAAUGGCUGCGAUUCGUUCAAUUGCUGUCGUCGCCGAACACCGAGUGA